CUGCUCUUCCUACUGCAUGCACGCCCGGCUCAUGCUUUCGGUGCAGGCAACAUUGCCUCUGUGUCCAACGUCGAGGGUGUCAACUUCCGCCAUGGAGACAUCGAAGACACCCUUCUCACCCUCGUCAGCUCCUACGCCUACGCCAAAGGUGCCAAGUUCAGCAAGAUUGACGUAAAGCGUGUCUACUUUGGCAACUGGCUCCGCGACUACUCGCAGGCUGUCGAUGUUGGCACCACCAAGCACGUCUCGGCUGAGGCCAUCCGCAUCCUGCUGUGGGUCCUUGGUUUCCUCACCUUUGGCUAUGGCACCGGCGAGUUCGAGGUCACUACCGAGAGACUGGGUUGCUACCGCCCUGAGGAGCACAUAGACAACCCUAAGGAUUACGCCGACAACGAAGACGCCCGCCAGUACGACCGCAGACUGCGUGCCCCAGUUGACGAACAGAGAGAACUGAGCAUCGAUGAGAGAACCGGCCUGAAGAACUACAUUGCCUCGGAAGACCUUGGCAUUACCACGUCUGCCCAGCUGGUGCGCAAUCUGUUCGGCCGCUGCAUCGAUCUCGGUAGAUCCUUCAACAGAAGCAGAGACAAGAAGGAGUUUUACGAGGCCCUGCGCCUCCUCGGUACCGCAUGCCAUUGUCUCGAAGACUACUCUGCCCACUCCAACUACACCGAACUUGCUCUCAUCGAGCUGGGCGAGCGCGACAUCUUCCCUCAUGUAGGUCGCAACACCCAAGUCCGUGUUCAAGGCGCUCGCCACCAGGUCUAUCCUAUUGUGACUGGUACCUUUGGUGGUGUCGACUUCCUCCAUUCCGUCAUGGGCGAAUUGGAUGACAAGGCUACUCAAUCCGAGAUUCAAGAGUUGGAGGGUGUCAUCAAUGGUUCGCAGAACCAGAACACCAGUCUGCUCAAGAAGCUCCUCAAGGCUCUUCCUUCUGGCCUCCUCGGCGGCAAGGACCAAGCCGGCAAGGUUGAUGAGCUGCAGAGCAACGCUGCUGCCGCUCAGAUGGGCAACAUGAAGCUCUCGCCUAAACAGCCCGAAGAGUGGGCCCAGCAGCUCCAGGACGUUCAGAACCAGAUCUACCCCAUCCUCCAGUUCCACGACGAGCUCAUGAUGAGCAUCAACGAGACCAUCGAAAAGAUCCCCAUCUUGCCCGAUCUUCUCGAACAGCUCACUGAGCAGCUCAACAUCUUUGUCUUCUCGCUACUCGCUCCUUUCGUCCUGCCCAUCAUCAGCCAGGUCAAGGAGGAGCUCGCCACUGGUUCUUCCGAAGUCAUUCAGAGCAGUCGUGAUAAGCAGUUGAUUGUCUUCCACGAUGACAACUCAUCCGAUCCCACCCACUCGAUGCUCUCCAAGGACCACUUCUCCAACAUCCUCAACGAGCCUGCUGGCAAGAUUGGUUGCGCUGUACUCAAAUGGGUUGUCCCUCAAAUCGUCCAAUGCUGGGACAACGAGAACGUCGAUAUUGCCAGGACUCUUGAUCGAAUUAUCAACGGUGUCUUCCAUCACCCUGCCUUGCGUCAGGUUGGCAAUGAUGGUGCCGCUGACGGACGUCAUAUCAUGUUCGGCGUUGUUGAGCAGUGGUGGCAGGAGAAGUCGGAGCACGAGCGUGACGGUCUUCGUCGUCAGCUCAGUAGGAACGGAGUUCAGCACGGCGAAAAUCAUAAAGAGGGUGUGCAGGAUUCUGGCCAUGGCUGUUGCAAGCCUCUUUUCCAGCAGAAGCAGCACAACAACGCUCAAGCUGCAGCUGCGCACGCAGCAGUCAUGGAGAGUGUCAGCGACUUUCAAGCUGGAAACUUUGUUGGUGAGGCAGUUGGUGGUGGUGCUCUUGGCGGCCUCCUCGGUGGUCUUGUGGGCAGUGUUGGCGGCAGCCUCUUGAGCGGCGCCUUCCAAUCUCAGGGUGAGACUCAGACCUACCAGCAAUCAAGUCACAACCAAGACGGGUCCUACUCCCAGAGCUAUAUGCAGACUGGAGAGCGUCCAUCUUCGAGACCAUAUGGUCAAGAGCAUACUGCACAGGCAGAGUACAAGACUACUCAGUAUCCUAGCGGCGGUCACAAGACCGAGUACAACCGUUACGAUCAAGAGGGCAACUCUGGAUAUGGCUACCAACAGACCACCGAGGUUCGUCCUACUCAAGGCGGUGGCUAUGAGCAACGUAGUGAGCGUCGUCACGAGCGACCCGACGGUCGCUGGGAGAGUGAAGUUCAACAGCAGAGCGUUGGUGCUGCUGGAGAAUACUACCAGACCGAAAAAAAGCACCAUGGCAGAAGACAUGACAACGACGACGACGAUGACGACGAGCGCCGCUCGCACAGAAAGCACGGCUCGAACCACCACAACGACUACGAGAGCGAAGAGCAGCAGCCAUCCUACUCCCGUCCCGACAACAGCGGAGGCUUCCCUGGCGCCUCCUACCAUGCUCAGCACCAACAGCGCCAAGAUGACCGCCCCAGCUACGGUCAAGAUCGCCCUGGAUACGGCAGUGAUAACUUCGGUGGCCGCAACGAAAGACGCGAUGAAGGCUUUGGCAGACAAGAGUAUGGCGGCGGAAGACAGGAGUACGGACGUGAGGAAAACAACAGUUAUGGUCGUCAGGAACAAGGCUAUGGUCGUCAAGAACAGGGCUUUGGCCGUCAGGAACAGGGCUACGGUCGUCGUGACGAG